AUGUCUUUUUUUCUCAUUCCAGUUAAAUUUCAUAGCUGCCAUUUGGGAAAGCACAUUAAGUUAAGUACUGAUGAUGCAAAUUUUGCGAUCCUUUCCAAUGGCUCAUUGUAUGCAACUCAUGCUCUAAACCUUGACUCAACAUAUCAUUUCAAAGUGAUUGCAAAGGAUCAAAAAACACAUAAGGAAUGGAAAGCAAGAAUCCGUUUAAUCCCUGCAGCAAAAGAUUUAACAAAUGAAUUGAAUAAGGUUAUCAAGAGGAAAUCUCCUGUUGUCUAUUUUCCGAAGAUUCACAACUCAAGGCGCCAAAAGAGAGAAUGGAUCAUUCCACCAGUCUCUGUGAGGGAACAUGAGCCACCAGAGCACAAUCCAAUCGCUAUUAUCAGGUCAGAUUUGGAAAUAAUUGAUAAAAUCCACUAUACUAUUUCUGGCCAUGGUGCCGAUCUUCCACCUGUCAAUUUGUUUGUGAUUGAUCGCAAUACCGGAGAACUAAACAUUACAGGAAUGGUGGACCGCGAGAUAAAUCCUUCCUUUGUUCUAACAGGUAAAGCUAUAAGUACCAUCGGUAGUGAAGUUGAGAAACAAUUGUCACUUGUUGUUGAGGUUCUGGACAUCAAUGAUAAUGCCCCAGUGUUCACAGAACAAGUCUUUGAAGGAGCGGUUGAAGAAUUGUCUCCAGUUGGAACCUUAGUGUUAAGACUAAAUGCAACAGAUGCUGAUAUUGGCGAAAAUGCACAAAUUGCCUAUAGAAUUCUGUCACAGGGAGCCAAUGAAAUGUUUCUUGCAAAGUCCAAUGGAGAAAUCAGAACAAUGGCAAAUACCUUAGACAGAGAGACUCAGGAUCUGUACACCUUAACAGUGGAAGGCCGUGAUUUAAACGGAAAGAUAUCGGGAUUGUCCUCCACAGCCAACACUCAGAUCAGAAUCUUGGAUGUUAAUGACAACAUUCCAACACCGGAAAAGGAGGAGUAUGAAGUCUCUGUGGAAGAAAAUUCACUGAACGAUGAGGUCACCCGCAUCAAAGUAUUUGACAAUGACCAAGAAUUCACCGACAACUGGCUGGGGCACUUUGAUAUUAUCGAAGGGAAUGAAGGAGGACACUUUAGGUUCGAAGUUGAUGAACAAACAAAUGAAGGAAUCUUGGUGCUUCAAAAGGAACUGGAUUACGAAAAAUCACAAACCAGGAAUUUGGUACUUCGAGUUUCCAACAAAGCAGCCUAUCACUCAUCAGUUACUGGAGGAGGAGGAGGAGGAGGAGGUGGAGGAGGAGGUGGAGGAGGAGGAGCAGUAGUUGUGGGUAAUCCAAUCAGAAUCAAAGUCAAUGUGAAGGACAAGAAAGAAGGCUUUUUGUUUAAACCAACAAAGAAGCGACUCACUGUUUCUGAGGAUCGAAGAAAAGUUACAAUUGGCCAAUCAUUUGGAAAAUAUCCAGCCAUUAGUGCUGACACUGGGAAAGAAAGUGAACGCACCAGAUACGCAAAGAAUUCUGAUCCAGCAAACUUCUUCAACAUUAACCCUGAAACCGGGGAGAUAACGCUAAACAAAUUGCCUGAUCGCGAGUCGCCAUAUGUUGUUGAUGGGAAAUACACAGCGACUAUCCUGGCAAUCGAUAAUGAAGGACCUGUUCCUAAAACAGCCACGGGUACCGUUGUCCUUGACGUGGAUGAUGACAAUGACAAUAUUCCCCUCAUUCGCAAUCUCCAGCCUUGUAUGUGUGAACAAGCAAAGUCCCUGCUUGUCACGGCUCACGAUGCAGACUCUUAUCCAAAUGCAGCUCCGUAUCAUUUCAAACUCGUGGAUAAACCAGGCAUCACAGACAAGUGGAAGAUUUUAAUGAAAAACGAUACCAGUGCAGAGCUGCAGCCCUUAGUGGAACUCUGGCCACACACCUUCAAAGUCCCAAUCAAGGUGGAAGAUAACCAGGGCUCUGGUGAAGUCCAGAACCUGGAUGUUAGUGUGAUCGAGUGUUCUGGCAAUGACCUGACAUGCUCUCCUGAAAAAAUCCCGCGGAUUGGAUCCAAAAAUGCUGCCCUCGGUGCACCUGCCAUUGGCCUCUUGGUCCUUGGAGCUUUGCUGUUACUCCUCGCUCCUCUCCUGCUGCUUUUCUGCAAUUGUGGUGGUGCCGGAGGGACUUUUACACAAGUCAAAGACUUUAAACAGAUCCCCAUUGAACCUCUGGGAUACCUGGAAAAGACCAACGUUGAAGGAGGUGGCGAGGUGGACACGACUUCUCCUUUGCUUCCAGUUGAUGGAUCUGGUGGAAUGGCAUCUGGUGGAAUGGCAUCUGGUGGGAUGGCAGCUGCUGGGAUGGCAGCUGGUGGAAUGGCAUCUGGUGGGAUGAAAGUCGGCACGCUCUCUGAGGUUGACGGCUACAAGGGUAGAUUUUCGCGAGAAACAAAAUACACAGUCGGGGGUUCGGAAAUAAUCAGUUCGGGAGUAGCUCCUGCUUAUAUCGAGAGGUUUUCAAUGGCAGGGACAUACCGGCCCAUCUCUGGAGCAGCCCACGAUAGGAGAAUGUCUAGCAGCUACAGAGGUUACAUUGGGUCGUACAUUAAUGAGAAAUUGAAUGGCUGCACUGAAGAAGAUCAGAACCGUCCAGCCCGAGAUUGUCUCCUGGUCUACAACCAUGAAGGAGAUGGCUCACCUGUUGGUUCCAUUGAUAGCUGCAGCUUUAUCGAGGAUGAACCCCAGUUUAAGGAUUCUUACUUGGAUGACUUGGGCCCGAAAUUCAAGACAUUGGCCGACAUCUGUGUUGGUAAAUUUGAGAGUCAAACGUCAACUGUCAGCAUCGAUCCUCUGGUCAGAGAAAGCUUCUCAAGGACAGAAACAUCUGUUUCAUCCAGCUCAAGAGGGCUUCAUGGCUUGAACAUUGUCGCUGACCCACCACGAAUGCAGCAGAAGAAUUAUGUUGUGACCACAACAAUUAAUCCUGUGCCCGAGGGGUUGCCUGGCAUUGUGGAUUUGCCUGUCGCUCACCAAAAUGUCAUAAUGACUAAGCAAGUUAACGCCAAUGCAGGAGGGGUGCCAGCUUUGGUCAUUGACCCAUCAAUCACUCACCAAAAUGUGGUUGUCACCAAACAAGUCAACACCAACGCUGGAGGAAUGCCAGCGAUGGUCAUUGAUCCAUCCGUUGCCCACCAGAGCGUCAUAAUGACCAAACAAGUCAACGCCAACCCUGGAGGAAUGCCAGCAAUAGUCGUUGACCCAUCAAUCACUCCCCAAAAUGUCAUAAUGACCAAACAAGUUAAUGCCAACCAAGGAGGUAUGCCAGCUAUGGUCAUUGACCCAUCCAUUGCUCACCAGAAUGUCGUGCUGACCAAGGCUGUUAACGUCAGCUCAGGGGGCACGCAAGGAAUGGUCAUUGAUCCGUCGUUCAGCCAGGUGCCCGAGGUCCACAAAAAUGUCACACUGAGCAGGCCGAUUUCCUCUGGCACCAGGCAGGAGCAGAACACGGUGGCCAGCUCGUCGCUCUGUCAGAUCCCCAUCAUCCACAAGAACGUCACUCUGACAAGGCCGUCCCACAGCGCUGCGGGAGGGGACGGCACCGGCGAUUUCGGCACCUUCCCACUGGUCCAGAAUAGUAGCACCACUCGCAAAUCUGUCACAUCCACUGACGGUGUGCAUAAAACAGUGACAAAAGUGACUAAUGUUACGCAGGUAAUGCAGGAAUAGGCAGCACCUGAUGAGAGAUAAUUCACGGACAGAGAAAAGUUUAUGUUUAAAAAUCAGUGCAUUUUGUUUUUAAUCGAGAUGUAAAAAUAUGACUGCUGUGUGUAGUUCAUGUGCAAUUCAAACGCCAGUAGCAUUUUAUACAAGGGACCAAAGUGCAGUAUAUUUCUUGAGCUUCAUCAACAGAAGUCAUGCUCUAAGGUCCUUACAUGUUCUGAUUAUUAACAAGUUACAUGCACAUCAAAUAUUCCAGUGGCUUUGUAGUGAUUGUAACGAGGUCAGCCAAAUGAACCUCGUAGGAGUUCCCUGAUUGGGGCUGUUAGCCUGGUCCAAUCAGGGAGCCCUGGCUGACAGAUAUA